CAAUGCACAGCCGAACUUCUCGGUCACGUGAUCAGGAAGAAAGUCACCUGACCUGUUCUAGUCUGCAUCAGGAAACAAGUCCAUAGCAGUGCUGGAGGGAGAGCAGCAGAGCCGGAUCCAGAGAAAGAUCCCAAAGAAACCAAGCUAUGGAGGACUGGAUGACUGACAAUAACCAUACUGCCAAUAGUAACAGCUCUAAUUUAGCACUUGGCUUCGCAUCUUCCGUUAUAUCGGUCGUCUUGUUCGGUUCUAACUUUGUCCCUAUAAAGAAGUUUGACACUGGAGAUGGCAUGUUCUUUCAGUGGAUUCUCUGUGCAUCAAUAUGGAUCGUGUCAUUAGUGGUCAAUAUCGUUCUUCGCUCUCCUAAAUUCUGGCCUGUUGCAAUGGUUGGAGGCUUUGUUUGGGCUACAGGUAAUAUUACAGUUGUUCCCAUUGUAAAGACAAUUGGACUAGGUUUGGGCCUUCUCCUUUGGGCGUCUUCAAAUCUUCUUACUGGAUGGGCAAGUUCCAGGUUUGGAAUGUUUGGAAUAAACCCAGAAGAAGUUGAAAGGCCGUAUCUAAACUAUGCAGGGGCAGGCCUAUCAGCUUUGAGUGCAAUUAUUUUUCUGUUUGUGAAAACUGAAGUUAAAAGUGUUACCUCAGAGUCAGAAACAACCCCACUUCUCAGGAAUAGUAUUAACACCCAGGAACACGCUGGUAUAGAUGAAUCCUGGGUAGACAAAUUCUCACCUUUGCAAAGGCGAAUAAUAGGCUCGGUACUGGCUGUAGGAGCAGGCGUUCUCUAUGGAUCCAGCUUUGUUCCAGUUCUUUAUAUUAAAGACCACAGUACGAACAAUGAGAGCAUAUAUGCGGGAUCCAGUCAGUUUGAUCUUGAUUAUGUGUUUGCACACUUCAGUGGAAUAUUCCUCACAAGUACUGUCUACUUCCUUAUUUACUGUGCUGUAAUGAAGAACCAGCCUAAAGUCUAUCCAAAAGUAAUACUGCCUGGAUUUAUCUCUGGCAUCCUUUGGGCAAUCGCGACUUGCUGCUGGUUCCUGGCUAAUAACUAUCUAAGCGCCGUGGUCAGCUUCCCCAUAAUAACCGCGGGCCCUGGAUUGAUUGCUGCACUUUGGGGAGUUUUAGUCUUUAAAGAAAUAAGGGGAAUGAGGAACUACCUGUUGCUGAUACUGGCCUUCUGUAUUGUCCUAACAGGUUCUCUUCUAACAGCUUUUUCUAAGACAUGAUUUGGCCACAAGGUGGUGCUGCACGUGUGUUUUUGAUAAACAUUCACUCCUUAUAAAACUAUAUGUUUGGGUCUUAAUUUUUACUUGGCAGAAAACAAAUUAUUCUGUUACGUUGCCUGGAUGAAUAGCCGCAGCAGGUCAAAGGUGAUGUGGGUACAAUUCACACUCAGUUCAAUGCGUUUUGGUAGACCGCGCGUGUUUCAGGUAACCACUCCAGAAUCAGAGUAUCCACUUCUGCACGUAUGGGUAAAUCAUUAAUCUCCACAGGAAUCCCUUUUCCUCCACUGGAUAUAGGCAGUAUGGUGGAAACUAUGCUCCGCAAAAUCACUACAUGCAGAACCAAUAUAGACCUUCGACAUAUCACCAACAUUAUCGGAAUAAUGGGGAUAGUAACUACCAAGGGAAUUACCGCAGAGAUGCGCAUAGAGGUGUGAACACUAAUCAAUGGGGAGAAAAUAGAACAGAUACACCCAAGACUCUACCCGAAGGAAUAGGAGUCCUAGUAUACAGAGAGAAACUAUCACAAACACAGAAAAUUUUCCUCACCAGGCGAUAAAGGGAAGCCAAAGGGACAAUAUGGAAGUAACCAGAAUAAAGGAAAAACAGAAAAGUGUGA